GGUAUUUAUAUACAUAUAUACACAGAGAAUAUAUAUCAGAGAAAACCCUAAAGCCUUUUCUCUGGAUUCAGAUCGCCGUCACCAAUCGCAUCAUAAUGGAUACAUCCAGCCCUGCUGCCUUUGUGAAUGCGGAGCUUCUGAAGAUGUACAUGGGACGGAGAGUUCGAGCUGUAGUUCAGGUUCUGCGAAAUGAAGGAGGGAUCAUUGUCGGGCAAUCAACUGAUGGAAGCCAGUUGACUGUAAAGGGCUCUCAAGGAUUUCCUCCAUCGCAUUAUGUGGAAGUCAUAGGUAUUGCUGAUGGGAAUCAAUCGAUUCGUGCUGAAAUAUGCACUGACUUUGGCGACAAAUUUGAUACAGUUGCAUAUAAUUCCUUGUGCCAGCUCGCAAAUGGUAAAUACAAGAACUUAUUCCUGUAAGCAGGACUAAUCUGAAAGAAGACUGAGAAUGAGUUCUUAGUAGUUUAACUUUGAAGAAAUGUAUAUGUAAAGAUACUUCUAGUCUUGAGUUGUUCUUGUAAAAGCUUGCCAUCUUCUGCACUUAGAAUUGCGAUUCAAAUAUUUCCUUUAAAUGGUCUGCUUUAAAAUCUUUGGAUAAACAUCUCCAUAUUGUCGAAGGUCAUCUAACUGCUCAGCUCUUUUUGUGUUA